AUGUCAGUGAAAAAAGAGCGAAAAAAAGGCGGGGAUGCGGGUGAAAAUGAGAAAAGGAUGCUAACAGAGCCGCAUGACCUGUGCCUUAUUGUAUCUCCUGGGCCUAAAUAUCAACUCAAGACAGUCGUCGGUUACAAAAAUCAUUGUAUCUCGAAAUAUCGAAAUCCAGCAUAUACAUUUGGUGGAAAGUAUCGUUUCUUCUUUGAGGAACUAGAUGGUCCAGGACCGAAGUACAUGAUUGAGAAACGCAAACAUAAGGGAUUCACCUUUGGAUAUGCCUUAAAACGUCGGGAAAUCUUUCUCGGACCUGGUCCAAAGUAUAAAUUGCCAGAUGUUCAUCAGGGUCCUUUUUUUUCAAUGAAAUGGAGGACUAAAAAGAAAAAAAGUGAUGAAACACCAGGGCCUUAUUAUGUUAAACCUAUCGCUGAUGCGCCCGCAUUUUUCAUGGGACGCAUGCUCGUGACGAAAUCCAUAAUCGGUAACGCAGGUUUCUAUCCAUCGUACAACCCGGAAGUGGUAAAACCCAGGGCCCCGAAGUACACUAUGGUUGGUAGACAUGAAAUACAAAUGAUUUCCAAAAGUCCCGGUCCGAUAUAUGCCUUUCGACCACCUAAGCCAAUUCCCUCCUUUUCGUUCGGUAUAAGGCAUAGUAAAUGUGCGCCACCUUAUAUAACUGAAUGUGACAAACAAUGUUAGCAAUGAAACUAGCUUUUAUAUUGAAUUAUAUCAUAUUCAUCAACAUUUGCCGAUUAGUUAUUAAAUUGAACAAAUUUUUCGUAUUAAUGUAAA